AUGGUGAAGGCGGUCCAGAGUAAUGAACGUGUGGACUUGGACGCUUCAUAUCGUGGAGGCAGUUCUGACAGCGGCAGCGCUGGUGGCACGGGCAGCUGUAGCCACGGCACGACGUCCACGCAGGACGGUGCUGAUGAGGUUCUGCCGUUUAAUCCCGGUGGGAGGCUUGCGGAGUCGAAGGAUAGCGCUGAAUACGAGGAAUUCGACGAGAGCACUGGGGAUUCUAUGCCGAAGCGGCAGAAAAGGUCCUCUAUGGCGUGCGUGAGAUGCCGUAGACGCCAUGUGAAAUGCCCUGGGGGGAAUCCCUGCAGCCGCUGUGCAGCUGCUGGUAUCGCCUGUGAAUACAUAGAGGCCAAUAAGAAACUGAUUGUGUCGAUGAAGUAUCUGCAAAGGCUGCAGGAGAGUCUGGCGGAAAUGAAGAGAGAAAACGUUAAAUUACAAGCGGCAGUUACCAGUUUGGAGGCGGACACUGGGGUUUCAGAUAAGAAUAGCGAAUCAAAGGUUAGUGCUUCCAUCUUGAAUAGUAGCUCAAAGAAUGCUCACAAUGAUAUGGAUGACGCUAGGACGGUGGAAUUUGGAAAUAACACGGUUGAUAAUGGUACGGGGUAUAAUGGCUUUGGUAGUUCCUCAAAUGAAGACGAAACCGUGCCCAGUUUUGUACGUAGUGGUAGACUGGUUGAAUCACGUACCGGUCAGCGUUACUUUGUUGGGUCUUCAUCCAUGACUUUAUUCGGGUUAGAAAUUCAAUCACUAUUAUCGAAAUACACAUCGAAAAAGAAGAACGUAAAUGAGAGAGAUGAGACAAGCAAUGCUGAUGAUACAUCAAAUAAGGAUGUUCUGAAGUUAGAUGAUUCACAUUCUAACGGAUCGUUUAUUGCUCCUAUAAAUCAAGUUUUACAAGAGGAAGGGAAUGCUUACAAGAUCGUGCUUGCAAAGAAUGAGGAUAAUGACGAUAUUUCUGUUAAUUUUACACUACCAUCAUAUUCAUACGCGGUUUUUCUUGUGGAUACAUUCAUCACUUACAAUGAUGGUUGCUUCUAUUUUUUUAACGAAGGAAUGGUAAAACACGGUUUGAAAAUUGCUUAUGAAGACAAGACGUUGUACAACGAUCAUACUUUGCAAACCAUUUGGUUUUGCAAAGUUUUAUUAAUAUUUGCGAUUGGAGAGAUGUACCUAGGAACGUACAAUAAUGUUAAUGGCAGUAAGGUAUCAUUCAAAGAAACAGCCAAACUACCGGGGUCCGGAUUUUUCGAGGAUGCAUCACAAAUUUUUAGUUGCCUUUUCUCAAGCGGUAGAAUCGAAAAUGUCACAAAAGAAGGUGGAAUUGAAACCAUCCUAUUAUAUGCGUUUUAUUUACAGGUGGCCGAUUGUACCGUCGCAUCUUACUUCUAUUUUGGUCAAGCUCUGCGUGCUUGUUUGAUUCUUGGAAUGCACGUGGAUGCACAAAGAGAUUCCUUACAUCGGUUUGAGCUAGAACAUCGCUGUCGUUUAUGGUGGACUGUUUAUAUGUUCGAAAGAAUGCUCAGUAGUAAAGCUGGACUUCCUUUAAGUUUCACGGAUAACACGAUAUCUACCGAACUACCAGACGAUUUCGACAUGUCAAAUCCUCCACCAGGUUGCGAGCCGUACAUUUUCCCAGAGGCCGAAUAUAUUAAGAACUGUGUCAAGAUUGUACAGAUAAAUUCUCAAAUCUUAAACAGAUUGUACCAAAGGCAACCGACUUCCAACAUUUUGGAAACUUUAAAAAUGAGCGUGAAGCAACUGUUGCAAUGGAGGGCCAGUCUUUCUAGCUUUUUAAGCGUCGAUUUUUCCGUAAAAGAUCUUAAAAUAUCUCGCUUGUGUACCAAUAUGUUCACAGAGUAUUUUCAAGGGAUGAACCUAGCUAUAAGACCAUUAUUAUUCCAUUUCGCUUCCGUUCUUCUCAAAAAGUUUCAAAAAAGUAACACAUAUGUGGAUUUGCAAGACUAUUCAACAACUAUCUCCGCACUGUUGAAUUGCUCACUUCAAGCAUCUGUGAAUACUAUCCGAUCUCUCUGGUCUUUGAUGGAUCAAAACAUGGUUGCACUUUUUGGAUACAUGGACAGGGAAUAUCUGUUUACUUCGGCCUCUACCCUUGUCUUAUUCAACGCGGCAUUUGGAAUUCACGACCAAACGUACGAACAUUUGGACCACGCCUUGAAUAUAUUUACGAAAAUGAGAAAUCUAGGAAACAAUCCGGCUGGCCUACGAAGAACCCAGCUCUUGACGCUAAUGGCUAACCUUGAUUUUCAUGGUAUAAUGAAAGAUCUCAUCAUCAAGCAUAGAGACUUUCUUAAACCAGAUGCACAAUAUGAUGUUCACAAUUACAAGAACGUGAACAUUGUCUCUCAUACCAUGAUGGAUACAUCUUCAUUAUCGGAUAUUAUUAAUGCGACAUUAACGGAGUCGCUUCCGGCUGAUCCUACUAGAAAUGAGACAAAAAUUAUGGAAGAAAAUAAUCAUCAAUUGGAUCCGUUCAUCAUGGUUGAUAACAGCGAUUUAGAGAAGCUACUUGAUAAAGCUGAAAAAGUAGGUCAAAAUGAUGUGAAGCUAUGGAAAGAAAUUUCUGACCAGGCAAGAUGGCUAGGUGCUACAAUGGAUCCAACUGCAGCCGCGAAUAGUGAAUUAAACUUCGGAGAUGGAUUGUGA